GCGAGCAUCUCAUCGCUUUCUCUUUCUGUCUCUUUCAUCCUCUUUCUCCAUCCCUCACGACCUAUAGACGACAUGGAGGCCCAACAGUCACAACAGCAGACAAUUCCUACAUUCAAACUCGUUCUUGUCGGCGAUGGUGGUACUGGCAAAACGACGUUCGUCAAGCGCCAUUUGACGGGCGAGUUCGAAAAGAAAUAUAUUGCGACUCUCGGUGUGGAGGUUCACCCUUUAACCUUCACCACCAACUUCGGCACCAUCUGCUUCAACGUAUGGGACACCGCAGGGCAAGAAAAGUUUGGUGGUUUGCGCGAUGGUUAUUAUAUCCAGGGCCAAUGCGGGAUCAUUAUGUUCGACGUCACUUCACGCAUUACAUACAAGAACGUCCCGAACUGGUACCGCGAUCUCGAACGUGUCUGCGAAAACAUCCCGAUCGUGCUUUGCGGUAACAAAGUCGACGUUAAAGAACGAAAAGUCAAAACCGCCGCUGUGACCUUCCACAGGAAGAAGAACCUCCAAUACUUCGAGAUCUCUGCGAAGUCAAAUUACAAUUUCGAAAAGCCGUUCCUCUGGUUGGCAAGGAAGGUCGUAGGCAACAACACGCUGGAAUUCGUCGCUGCACCAGCUCUUGAACCGGCUCAGGUCGUCAUCGACCAAGAGCUCAUGAAGAAGUAUGAGCAGGAGCUUGCUGCGGCCGAGGCCGUUCCUCUUCCCGAAGAAGACGACGACCUGUAAGCGUGGGCUUUGUUCAAGUGAGGUAGAGCGUUGUUGUACGAGGUUCUUUGUUCGUCUUUGCUGUGUGGAGUUGUAAAUUUCUCUGGACCCGCUAUGAAGCUGGCCAAUAUAACUUGUUCUCCUACGUACUUACAAUAUAUGUACACGAUGGCUGCUUCUUAAGAUG